GUAACCAUAUUUAAAAGUGGUUAUUUCUCAACGAAUCACAAUUUAAGGAUUUAGAUUAGAUUCUCAUGUGCACUCGUCAAGCGUGUGCAAAUAUUUCAGUUAUCGGACGACUGGUUUAAAACUGUUUACAAAGUGAGACCUGGUGUUAUAUACGACUUGAACUAAGGAUGGCUUCUCGCGGGAAAUCAGAGACUGGAAAGUUGAGGCAAAACAUGGAGGAGCAGCUUGACAGACUGAUGCAGCAGCUUCAGGAUCUGGAGGAAUGCAGAGAAGAGCUGGAUGAGGAGGAGUACGAGGAGACAAAAAAGGAAACCUUGGAACAGUUGAGUGAAUUCAAUGACUCCCUGAACAAGAUCAUGACGGGAGACAUGACACUUGUAGAUGAACUCAGUGGAAUGCAGCUGGCGAUCCAAGCUGCCAUCAGCCAAGCGUUCAAGACCCCAGAGGUGAUCCGACUUUUUGCUAAGAAGCAGCCAGGACAGCUGAGGACCAGACUAGCAGAGAUGGACCGAGACGUCAUGGUGGGGAAACUGUCACGGGAUGUGUACACGCAGCAGAAAAUGGAAAUCCUCACAGCCUUGAGAAAACUUGGAGAGAAGCUCACUUCGGAGGAUGAGACUUUCCUCGCUGAAAAUGCCACAGCAACUCUGAGCCAGUUUGAAAAAGUGACUGCAAACUUAGGCUCCGAAGACAAAAUUCUGGCCUUAGCUAGCUCUGGUGUGAAAACCAAGGUGUAGUGAAUCUACAAAACGCUAAUUUUAUCUCUGUCCUUGUUAUCAUCAAGAAAGAAAUGUGCCAAUUGAUUUUGUAAAUAAUCAACGCACUUGUAGGUGCUGCUGUAGAUGCUAACACUUUUUAACAGUAUUGUUUUAUACAUGGCAACUUUUGUAAAUGUCUUUUAUGUGUGUAGUUUGGUGUAAAAUUGUAUUGAUAGGUACGAGCAUGUUAUUUGUUAAAUAUGAAAAUAUGUACAUGAAUGUGAAGGAUAGUCAGGGCAGUUCAAGAGAAAUGUUCUGUUGUGAUUUGGUUGGAUUUCUAUGAGUCUUAAGACCUGAUUAUUCAACAUGAAUGUUUUUAAAGUGUUGUUUUCCUGUACGAAUGCUGCAAAUAUUCAAGCUGUCAAUGUAUUUUAACCAAAGUGUCUACAGGAAUUUGGACAAAAUAACAGAUCUACCAACCGAAAAAGAACUUUUAAGUAACAAAAUUAUACUACAGUUUGUUUACAGAGUGCAUGCAUUGGUGGUGUUAGGAUGCUGGAAUUUAUUUCUCUGAUAGAGUACCUUAAAAAAUAUGGAUGUUUGAUACCACAUGGAAAAAAUUACACAGAAAAAUGACUGUAGUUAAAAUGAAAUCUCACUCUUUAGAUCAGUUCUCUCAUGUGAGUCAACUUGCUGUCCGAGAGAUAUCAUGUAUCCAUGUUGCAGUAAACGACCAUUGAAACUGUUUUAAAUAUUCAGCAUCAAUAUGUAUUGAAAAAUCCGCAUUUCUGACACUGCUUGCACAUGUCAUGUGCAGCAUGCACUGAUCAUACACCGAUCGGCCAAAACGUAAAGCAGGUGAACAAGUGAAAAACAUUGAUCAUCUCGUUACAGUGCAAUGCCUCCAUCAGAGGUGUCACAAUAUGGCGAUAUUCACGAUAAACUUUAUAUUAAAAAAUCAAAGUAUUA